GAAGGUCACCGGGAGCGGCGCCGGGACCAUGCUGCGGCCCAGAGCGGCCGCGCUCCUUUCGCUGAUGAGGGCGGCAGGGGGCGGCCGCCGGUACCGGGACCCCUCGAGGGGGGCGCGGGUCCCGUCGCUCUGCUCCGCGCCCCCCCCGCAGCCGGUGAUCGCCGCCAAGGAGCCGUUCCCGGUGGAGCUGCAGGCGGGGAAAACCUACGGCUGGUGCGCCUGCGGGCACAGCAAGCGCCAGCCCUUCUGUGAUGGUUCCCACAAGAAGGAGGCCCCGGGGCUGUCCUCGCUGCUCUUCACCCCCACCCAAACCGGCCCCGCGCUGCUCUGCGGCUGCAAACGCACCCGGAGGCCCCCGUACUGCGACGGCUCCCACCGGGAGGACGCGGUGCAGGCGGCGCCGCUGCCCCCCCGCUCCUGAGCGGGGCUCGGCAGCACCGGCAGCACCGGGAUCCCCAUCCCGACCUCGUCACGGCCGCACGGGGGGGAGGAGAGGCUCCAAACCCCAAUGAAAUCCUGAUUCUGGAACGCCGGGAGCCGCCCCGGACCCCAAAUCAGCCCCUGGACAGUGGGAUUGGAGGGAGGGGCCUGGAGGUGUGAGAGCCCUGGGGUGGGGCACCUGUGGGGUUUGGAAUGGAGGAACCUGUGGGAUUUGGGAUGCAGAGGCCAAUGGGAUUUGGGCAGGAGGAGCCUGUGGGGUUUGAGAUGAGGGGACCUGCAGGACGUAGGGUUUGGCAGGAGGCUCUGUGGGAUUUGGGCUCUGUGGGAUCUGUGGGAUUUGGAAUGGAGACGCCAGUGGGAUUUGGCAGGAGGCUCUGUGCGGUUUGGCAGGAGGCUCUGUGGGAUCUUUCAGGAGGCUCUGGGCAGCUGCCCCUGUGGUGUUUGUUCAUUUCCAAAGCCGGUUUGCAAAGGUUGAACCGAAGACAAGCCCUGGAGAACGGGGUUAUUCCCAGGGAUUGGGAUCGUUCCCGGAGAUUGGGAUCAUCACCAAGACAAUAAACGUGACCUGAACACA